UAUACAACAAAUAAAUUCUCUCCAAAUCGAAAAUGGCAGAUUUACGUGAUGAAUGUGGGAACCCAAUUCAGCUGACAGAUGAACACGGGAACCCAGUUCAGUUAACCGACGAAUACGGUAACCCCAUGCAACUUACUGGUGUUGCUCUCACCAAAGGUGAACCUACUGCUACGAGCCAAGUCCACGGCGUUGGUGUUGGUUUUCCACCGGCUGCUGCUCAUGUGCCUGGUGGUGUUCAUGAUGUAGGAGUUCAGGCUCAGCUGUUUCGUGGGGAAGGUCAACAUGAGCGUCGAGAUUUGAAGCAAGAGUUGGAACAUGAGCGCCAGCGUGAUCAGCAUUUGGGUGCUGGAGAGACGAUUCAGCGCUCUGGCAGUUCAAGCUCUAGCUCGUCUGAGGAUGAUGGGCAAGGAGGGAGGAGGAAGAAGGGACUGAAGGAGAAAAUAAAAGAGAAACUUGGGGCAAGUGGGAAGAACAGGGAGGAGCAUUCACAGACUACAAUCAUUUCCACUACCACAACCACCACCGCUCCAGGACAACACCACCAGCAAGAGCAGCAUCAUGAGAAGAAAAGUAUGAUGGAGAAGAUCAAGGAGAAACUUCCUGGUCAUCAUUCCCAUUAAUACGUUUACGUAAAACAUAUAUAUAUAUAUAUAUCAACUUGUACAUUGGAUUGUGGUGUCUAUGAUAAGCUUUGUUUUGUGCUAAGAUCGAUGUGUGUUUUGUUUAUGUUCUGGUUGAAACUUAAAACUGCAACUAGCUGUGUGCCAUUAGGGCACAGGACUGAGCUAGCUUAUAAUUAAGUUGCAGCAAUUAAUAAGGUUAGAUCAAGUUUGUAUGGAUGUUUACUGCAAUUCACAAUGUUUAUAUU